AUGACAGCUCCAAACCUUUCUUCCUCUUCUCCAUCUUCUCCCCCUUCUUCAUCUACCAAAAAUCCCCUAGACCUGCAAAUCUCUGAACCUCCGAUUCUCUCUUCCAACCAGGCCCAGGUUUCGUCGUCUUCUCUAGAUGGGCGGCCAGUCACUGCCCAGGUGUCUCAGCUGACUCUAUCUCUGGAUUCCUCUCAUUUCCCUGCUAUCGCAAGUGUUCCAGUCCCUCCAGUGACUUCAGAUCUGGUUACGGCUCCUUUUUCCGCUUCCGCGGGUGUUUCAGCUCCUCCCACGACGUCUCAUCCCUUGUCACCGGUGAAAUCUUCGGCCCUUCCCGUAGUCGGCGUUUCCGAAGCUUCUGGCCAGCAACCACAGGCUCCCCAACCUGCCUGGAGUCAGCAGGUUUCAAGCUCUCUCAAAUACUUGAAGAGGGUUGGAGAGCCGAAACUUCACCCAUCGGGUCUUCCCAUAGUCACCAUUCCGGAAGAAUCUCUGAUUGCAUCCAAGAAAGAAUGGGAAUUGUUUGUCAUAGGGAAAUUUUAUGGGGUGCCUCCUUCAAUGGGGCAUAUCAUUGGGUUUAUAAACUCGCUUUGCGUGCGCGGUGGAUUGAAGGUCCGUGUUCAUUCCAUGGGAAAUGGCUCCUUUCUGUUUAAGCUACCGAACCUCUCCGUGAAGAACUAUGUACUUGAUCGUGAGUUAUGGCAUAUAGGAGAUCACCCUCUCCUUGUAAUGGAAUGGGACCCGGAUCAUGAUCUGGACAAGCCGGCUCUCAAGUCUGUCCGAACGUGGGUCGAGCUGAGGAACGUCCCACAGAAACUUUUCAGCCUCGACGGGGAGCCAUUGUUUCUGGAUAGAGCGACCGAGGCUAAAGAAAAUUUCUCUGUGGCCAGAAUAUUUGUGGAUAUUCGGUUACAUCCUCGGCCACCACAUCAGAUUCUGCUCGACAUGCCAAAGGGGGAUGUUAAAAAAGUUGAUGUUACGUACACUUCGCUGCCUCCAGUCUGUGGCAACUGCCAAGAGGUGGGCCACAAGAUGAUGGAAGACUCAACAUCCGAAGUAGCUGUACCUAUAACUGACCAGGCGGUUUCUGCUUUAGAUGUGAUUGCAGCGGAGGUACCGACUGUAGCUCAAUUAGAGGAGACUCUCACUACAGACUCAGAGCCUUUUAGCCACCCUUCUCCAUCCAUUGAUGUAGCUCGAAACUCAGAUUCCCAACCUACUCAUUCUGAAUCGGAAUUUCAGCCGGUCAAGACGAGAGGUCGAGGUCGAGGAAAGGGUCGCGGUCGCGGUCGCAAGACCGCUGGAGGACUCAAUAGUCAGAAUAAAUGUCAGGCAAUCAAGUCUUGGCUAUUGGCACACCGACCUUUAGUGGGUGCCUUUUUGGAGAGCCAUAUUCUCACGCAGAAUGAGGCUCGUUUUGUGGCUGUUCUCCCUCCAGGAUGGAAGCACUUUUCCAACCACUCUGCUGACCCUUCAGGUAGGAUCUGGAUUGUAUGGAGUCCCGAGGCAGUUGUCACCAUCUAUCACGUCACAGACCAGGCUAUAACUUACAGUAUAGAGGUCGAACACAUUGGUCUAAAGACUACUGCAACUUUUGUCUAUGCAAGGAACCUCUCCUCUGCAAGAAUACCUCUAUGGAAUGAUAUUCGAAAUAUUUCAGUUUACCCGCCGAUGCUAAACACCCCGUGGAUCGUUUUAGGAGACUUUAAUCAGAUAUUGAGAGCUGAAGCUCGUUCUGAUUUCCCAGCUUACCAGCCGCGCUCUCAGGUGGCAAAUCCGGUCUCCAUUAAGUUGGAUCGGGCUGUCAUUAAUGAGCAUUGGUUGGCCAGAUUUCCCGGGGCAUAUGCGGAAUUUCUUGCUCCAGGAGUCUCAGACCAUUCUCCUUGCUUGGUUAAUCUUUCGAGCCUUCAGUUAAAGGUUAAGCGGCCCUUUAAAUACUUUGAUCACCUGUCAACUCACCCGUCAUUUGGCCAGAUUGUAGCAGAGAAUUGGGCAUUCGAAGAAGUUAUGGGCACUGUGCAAUUCAAGUUCUGUCGGAGCCUGAAACUCCUUAAGAAUCCGCUGAGACGGUUAAAUAAACGGGCAUUUAAUCAACUGUCACAGAAAGUGAAGGAUGAAUCGGACAAGUUAGAGACCAUUCAAUCAGCAUUGCUCAACUCCCCAACGCCGGGUCUAGCUGCCCAAGAGCACGCAAUAAGGAAGAAUUGGUUGCGGCUUUUACAAGCGGAUGAGCGAGUUAAGGAAUUCUUCCGCACGAGCAAACUCCUUAGGGAACUCAAUGCCACUAUAAUCACGUUGGUGCCGAAGAUUCCCGAGGCUGCUCAGCUUGGGGAUUUCCGUCCAAUCAGUUGUUGUAAUUUCCUCUACAAGCUUAUUUCUAAAAUACUUGCUAAUCGCCUUAAGCUUGUACUUCCUUGGGUGAUAUCAGGGAAUCAAGUGGCUUUCCAACGAGGGAGGAACAUGAUGGACCACAUCAUGCUUGCUUCUGAGUUGAUUCAGGACUAUCAUAAAGCUUGUGCGGAGCCAAGUGCAAUGUUUAAAAUGGAUAUUAAGAAGGCGUUUGAUACUAUCUCUUGGGACUUCAUCUUAGACAUUCUCAAAGGCUUAGCACUUCCCCCUGUAUUUAUUGGUUGGAUUCGAGCUUGUAUCUCCUCCCCUUCAUUCUCGGUGGCCAUUAAUGGUGAAUUGGCAGGGUUUUUUCCGGGAAAAAGAGGGCUCCGACAAGGUGACCCGAUCUCCCCCUAUUUGUUCAUCCUUUCUAUGGAAGCGUUAUCGAGAUCUCUUGACAAGGCGAUGCAACUCGGAUCCCUUGCCCAUCACCCAAGGUGCGGAUCCCCCUUAAUCUCUCAUCUUGUCUUUGCUGAUGACCUCAUGGUGUUUGUGAAAGGAGAGUUGGCCUCUAUUGUUGAAGUUAAGCGGUUGCUAUCUGAAUUUGGGUGUUACUCGGGUUUGACGCUUAACCCCGAAAAGUCGGAGCUAUUCUUGGGGGGAAUGACCCAGAUGGAUACAAUGGCUAUCAGCUCCAAUGUGGGCUUUCGCCUUGGAAGCUUGCCCGUUCGAUACUUGGGGGUUCCUAUCAGGCCUUGGAAGCUUCGGCGGCUGAACUACAAUCCUUUGCUUGAGAGAGUUAAGAACAAACUCACUGCCUGGACAACUAAAUAUCUUUCGUAUGGAGCAAGAUUAUUGCUGAUUUCCACAGUCGUUUAUGGAAUGGUGAACUCAUGGAGCCGAAUUCCGCUCGUGUUGCAUGGUCACAGGAAGAAAGGGUUUUGGGGCGUUACUCCUUCGCCGAGGCAGUCCUCUCACCUCCGUAAACUACUUGGGUUCAGAUCGGAGGCCAAAAAGUUCAUCAAAUGUACGUUGGGGAAUGGGUUGGAUGCUGAUUUUUGGCAUGAUAAUUGGACUGGAUUGGGACCUUUAAUUGAAGUCACGGGUGUUAAUGGGCCAAGGUUACUAAAGAUUCCUCUAUAUGCGAAAGUAAAGGUUGGGUUAAGGACGGAGAUUGGUACUUCCCGAGGGCCCGAUCAGCGGUGCGACUUUAGCAUGCAACUGUGGGAUUUUUUCUCAUCUCUAUGCUAUCCUUCACCUCCUACUUCCUUGGAAGGUUGUGCUCGUUGGCUGGAAGGACAGUCCGAAGGUGGUGCUCGACGGGAGCUGGCGGAAUUGGUCAUUCAGGUGACAACGUAUAUUAUUUGGCGUGAGAGAAAUUCGCGGGUUUUCAAACAGGAAGCGAACUCCAUUGCGAAGCUACGGGUGGUGCUUGACACACUCGUACGUGACACGGUCCUAUCAAGGGGGCAUUCUACGAUUUCCACAACUUCAACACUUGAAGACUUGUGGCUAGCUAUUACAUCUUCGAUCCGGAUUCAUCUGAGGGUUUAA